CUGCUUCCAAUAGCGUCAUGCGCUCAAGCUCUUGUUGUAAUGUCUAGAUGUAAUUUUCGCGCGAAAUAAUCUCUGCACCACCGUUCCAGAGGAAGGCUUUUUUGUUUUGUGUCUGAAACUCCACCGCCAUGGGAAUUCACGGACUUGCUAAGUUGAUAGCCGACCAGGCACCAGGUGCCAUCAAAGAACAAGAAAUGAAGAACUUCUUUGGGCGAAAGAUCGCUAUUGAUGCGUCCAUGUGCAUCUAUCAGUUCCUCAUCGCUGUCAGACAGGAUGGUAAUGUUCUCCAGAACGAGGACGGAGAGACAACCAGCCACUUGAUGGGCAUGUUCUACCGGACCAUCCGCAUGCUGGAGAACGGUAUUAAACCGGUGUACGUGUUUGACGGCAAGCCUCCGCAGCUCAAGUCAGGAGAGCUGGAGAAGAGAGGGGAGAGGAGAGCCGAGGCUGAGAAGCUACUUGCCCAGGCUCAGGAAGCAGGGGAGCAGGAGAACAUAGACAAGUUCAGCAAGCGUCUGGUGAAAGUCACCAGGCAACACAACGAUGAGUGUAAGAAGCUGCUUACACUCAUGGGAGUUCCGUACGUAGAGGCCCCGUGUGAAGCAGAGGCCAGCUGUGCCGCUCUGGUGAAAGCAGGGAAGGUGUUUGCCACGGCGACGGAGGACAUGGACGGGCUGACGUUUGGGACAGGCGUCCUGCUCAGACACCUCACCGCCAGCGAAGCCAAGAAGUUGCCUAUCCAGGAGUUCCAUUUCAGUCGUAUUCUGCAGGACAUCGGUCUGUCUCACGAGCAGUUCAUAGAUCUGUGCAUCCUGCUGGGCUGUGACUACUGCGGCACUAUCAAGGGCAUCGGGCCCAAGAGGGCCAUGGACCUCAUCAGGCAGCACGGCUCCAUCGAGGAGAUCCUCGACAACAUCGACCUAUCCAAGCACCCUGUACCGGAGGACUGGCUGUACAAGGAGGCGCGCGGUCUGUUCCUGACCCCAGACGUGGUGGACUGCUCCUGCCUGGAGCUGAAGUGGAGCGAGCCGGAUGAGGAGGGACUCGUCCAGUUCAUGUGUGCAGAGAAACAGUUCAGUGAGGACCGCAUGCGUAACGGCUGUAAGAAGAUCCUGAAGAGCCGCCAGGGCAGCACUCAAGGCCGGCUGGACUCCUUCUUCUCCGUCACGGGAUCUCUGUCGUCCAAACGCAAGGAGCCCGAGAUGAAGGGAUCCACAAAGAAGAAGCUGAAGACUGGAGCCACGGCCGGGAAGUUUAAGAAGGGUAAAUAAGGGAAGACAAAGCAGGAAGUUGUCAGUAGGGCGUCCUGGGGAGGAAAGAAGUUGAUCAACUCUAAAAAAGCCCUUUGUGAACCAACUGUUUUUUAUGUUGAAAUUUGUUUUUUUAUGAAUGUGAAGUAAACGUUUUAUGAAAUGUUUUUUUCUUAGAAUAAAAGUUGUAAUGCCUUCUGGGAGAACUUGUUUGAA